AUGGCUUUCUAUAUCCCCCUUCAACCGGACCCGCAGCCCCUCCAGAGAGGCGCCUUAUAUGUUGUGUUAUUUCACCUUCCACCAUUACAUCCACCCCAGUACCACUGGGCACUCGGCUUCAUAUCAGCAGCCGGCGAGGUGUUUUCAUACCACGCAGCUGACGAAGAACUGAGAGGAAGAUCUCCAACACAAAGUGAGACUUUCGAGAUCUCACUCGCGCAUGAGACUAAGUGUGGUAACCUUGCAGAGUGGAUCUAUGAGCGAAGAGCAGACGGGCCUUGGUACGAGGCUAGAUCACGGCAUGUCGCAGUAAUGAUUGGUCGCUUCGGAGGAGCUGAGCCCAUGUUGGCCUCGAUGUUAGCAUCUGUACCUCUGAUGGCAGCCGAAGAAGAUCGUGCAGAGGCGUCUGAGUUUGGAUAUCGACUUUGGCUGCGAGCUGCUGUAAGGCUGCUGGUCGCUAGGCAGAUCGUUCAAUUUCGUGCUCCUAACGACGCAGCAGUCCUCGAGUCGGAGUGCUUAUUUAUUGGUGACCAGUAUCAUGAACGCUUGCGGCCAGGGCUGAGGCUCUGGGAUUCAUAUUAUGACGCCGAGGUUUCUUUCUCUGGAAAACUUAACCUGGGGAAGGGUAGCGUUGUAUGA